AUCUCGGGGUUCGACCCUCGCUCUCGGCGAAGUCCUGACUACUCUAGUACUCUAACUAACCUCGAUUUGCAACUUGCUUCUUCCUUUCCGUGUAAUCUUGAUCACUCGACACCCUCCUUCCCAUCUCUACCUAGUUCAGAGCGUGACCAGAUCGUUCUGGACAAACUCCACCUCGAUCACCAUGCCGAAAAUUACCAUCGAGACCUCUGACGGCGACAAGGGGAACUGGCCUGCAGGUUGGCUGGACCAUGCUGUUCCUAUCAGCUCGAACGAAAACUAUCACGAAAAGGUCAAACCGGGACAUGCGAAAUACAUCUUGUUCUGCCAAAAAAUCGGACAACACCUGGCCACGGUCGGAGGUCUUUCGAAUCCUGUGAAUUACGAGCUCAGUGACCUUCCGUCAGGAUAUGCUCUCUUCCUCCAUCACAAGCUACAGAAGAGUGGUGAAGACCGAACGGAUAUUUACAUGUUUGGAUCGAAAAACGUUCUCAAGUUCCGAAGCCCCGCCGAGUUUUUUGGUCACGCUGAAUGGUUGCAGAAAGGAGAUAUUAAAGAUCACGGCAAGUGCACCUGCAAAUACUCUGGCAACUAUACCAUCACCGCCGGUCCUGGUGCCGAAGCCAAACGAAAGGCCGCUCCGCAAGCCGCAAAGGGUCCUCAGAAAAAGGUCAAGACUUCGGACGAAGAGGAAUUGAUAACAUACAAGAAGAAGCAGGAAGCUGCGAUCCAUGUCAGGCAGGACGAGGUGAAGAGUGACAGGUGGUUCCGAAAGGGAGAACUUGUAUGGGCCAAGAUCCCUACCAUCCGUCCGGGACCAGGGUCUACCAUCGCCGUAGGAAUCCAAGAGAUUGACUAUUGGCCUGCAAUCGUCACGGAGCCGGUACUCAAGGUCCAUGCUGACGCGGGCGAACCAGGGGCGAUCAUGCAAUCGACUCAGUAUAGCUUGCGUUACUGCGGUCGUCUCGAUCAGGUUUCGGGUGAGGGGCCGCACAAGACGACGGCGACGUUGAACGAGACGGAGAUCCUACCAUGGCACAUGUACUCCCCGACGAGACCGGAACUCGGCGCCGUUGCCAAAAAAUACGCUCUGAGCGUGGCGGAGGCUUCGAUUACGCUGAACAACGGCGAGUCUGCCGAGGAAAAGCGGGUGAAGAGUUGGAGGCGCGAGACGAUCCAGCGAGCUUGGCCCAUUGCAGAAGCGAUCAAGCCGGAUAACUGGGAGAGGAUGGUCACAAUCUACACCGAAGCGCUGGUUCUUGCGAACGAGAUGUCGAUGCUGUGGUCACAGACGGAUCCGUAUUCGCAUAUGGAUAAUAUCCCCUUCAAACAUGACUUCCUGGCUGACAAGUCGUACUUUCAGGGCUUGUGGUGGGGAGCCGAACGAAUCUGGCUGGGCGACUUGAUCAGGCUGGUCAGGUCGAGAUCGAGUCUGGUGCAGGAUGCUAGGCUCAAGGCGUUCGCACCUGGAGCGGACCAGCAUGCCGCUUUCCUGAGAAUCACUCAGAUCUCGGUGCAACAGAUGAAGCGAGAGACGUCGAGCACUUUCCAUUGUAUGGUCCAUGGGGACCUGUUCGAACUGGCUGAACCCGAGUGGAUCGCUCAGAACGACCCGCAACCGCAAGCUGAAAGCUCGGCUGCCGGGGCUGCAAACGGCCAAGCGGACGCUGCAACCGCAGACGAUACCGAGCAUUUCAAUCAUCUUCCCGCGGCGCCCAAGGGACUGGUGUACAGGCAAGUCAACGAGCCUCACAGUGAGGUGAUGUGCGAUAUCUUUGAUAUUGCGGGACGAGUCUACUCGACUCUGGACGAAUCGCCCUUGGUAAAAGCCGGUCAAAAGGACGGCGAUGAUGGGGCCGAGAACGAUUCUGAUGAUACGAAAGAAAGGCAGACGAGGUUGAACGCGUUGAUGGGCGUGGCUCCAGUCGGCGAAAUCAAGACGAUCGUCAAGGACUGGAAGAAUACGAGAUACGAGGCCGUGAGGUACGCACACGCGGUCGCUGUCAAACAUCUCGCGGGCGUGUUCGAGAGCGAUCGACGACCAGGACUUGAGAUCCCGGCCGCGUGAGCUGCCGUAUGUACGGUUAUAUAUCUUGGUUGGGAUCGUGUCUCGUUGCGUUCGACCUUCUUUGCUCCAUCAAGCCUUGUCGAUUCAUCUUGUACGAGUCUAUACAGUUCAGUUCUUCCUUAUGCUAUACAUCAACCACGUAGUCUGAUAAAUCCCCAGGGCCAAAGGCUUCCAAGGCUAUGCCUGCUAUCCAAAGCCUGAUUGUGCUGCGGGGAGGAGU